AUGUCUCAGUCAAGUUCGAAUAUGUUCUACCAAAACGGUUCCAGUGAUAACCAGUGGAACCAAGCAUACAGUAACGUUAUAAAGCCAAAUGAAAUGGUUUCGGGAAGUAAUCAUCAAUAUGCAGAUAAUUUAGUAAAUUUUCCCGGAUCCCGUGGUAUCUACAGCACGGUCGAAAGAACUCACUUCAAUUGUCUUAACAAACAAGUUCAUUUUAAUACUCAAAAUUAUGGUGGAAAUUGUUGUACAAGUACAAACACAGGGCAGAAUGGUGGUUUCCAGAAUUCAUAUAAUGCUUGUAAUAAUACUGGAGUAAUGAACCAUGGAGAAUACAACGGACUGAAGGAUCUGUGGUCUGGUGCAGUAACUAACAGAGAAAACAUGAUUGCAAGAACAACUUGGAAUAAUACCAAUCCCAAAAUAGGUGUUUUAAAGAAAAGAAAGCGCGUACGUACAGCAUUUACAAGUUGUCAGAUGAUGAACCUUGAAAACGAAUUUAGUAGAAAUCGAUAUUUAGAGCGUGGUAGGAGAACAGAAUUAGCACAUAUAUUAAAUUUGAAUGAACGUACAAUUAAAAUUUGGUUCCAAAACCGCAGAAUGAAAGAUAAAAAAGUUAAUAUGGAAUUGGAUGAAGAUGAAGCAACGAGUACAACAAUAAGCGUUUCAAAUGUACAGCAACCGUUUGACGAUCAAAAUGUAGUUAUGUAUUCAUCAUAUUCCAACAAUAGUCAGUAUCAUCACAAUUUAGGUGCUGAACAAUUGGCAGGAGUAGCUGGAAUGUCGGCACAACAAGAUUAUUCAACUUUAAUGGCGAGUAUUGAAAAUGAAUCAAUAAAUUCCUAUUCUACAACAACAUCGGAUAACAGUAUAGAACUACCAAAAUUUGAUACGAAUUACUGUGAAAUAAAUGUGCCAUUUCAGCAACAUUAUAUCAACGAGACUAAAAAAGAUAGCAUGAAGAUUAAUGAAGAGGCAACGAGUACUACUACAAGUAUAACCAAUUUUGAUUUACCAGAACUUGGUAUAAAUUGCUUCAUGAUGGAUUCAGUCAAAGAUAUCAAAAAUGUGCCAAUACAGCAACAUUCAAUUGAUGAUGUGAAAAACACUACAGCAAGCGCUAACAAUUUAAAUUUACCAGAAUUUGCUAUGAAUUGCUUUAUACCAAAUUCAGUCAACGAGGUGACGUUUGAAGGAGUAUCGCAUAAGACAGGAAAAGCCGGCGAUGCUUGUAGAAACGAAGGCAAUGACGACAACUUUUGGGAUGUAUCAUGGAUCCAAAGCAUGCAGCUUGAGGACCUAAUUUAA